CCGAAAAAUACCAACAAGAUGUUUGUUUAUUAUUAUUUUUUUCAAACCAUUUUCCCCCCUACACGGCAUACAUUAUUAAAGCACUAUACAUAAUCGUGUAUAUUUUAUCUGUAGUGCCCUAACAUUAUCAUUAUUAUUAUUAUUUUUGCUUUCGUCUCACGGCCAAUGCGGUGCUAGUAAGCUACUAACAGUGUACUAUCGAUGUAAACACGGACCAACGGGUUUCUCGCACACGCCACUAACAAUUAUUAUUAUCGUCGUAAUCUUGUGCCCGCGCAGAAUACYGUACAAAUAAUAAUAAUAAAAAUAAUAUUGUUGACGAUAGUGUAAUAUUUUUGUUUUGUUUUCCUCGGUUAAUUAUCGAUUCAGAAAUUGGUGUUUUAUACACAAUUAUGCAGUAUUACAGUGGUCGUCGCCGCGUACGGUUUUCAAUGUUUUCAUCGAUUUGAGACUCGUGCCCAACAAGUGGCCAGCUGGCAUACUCGCGAACGUUGAUUAUAUUAUUUUAAUUUUCGAUCGUCGGCACGCGGUGUCUGUGUGCCGUUUUCCGUGUUUUAGUUUCGUCCUGAUACGCAGUGCCUGUAAACUCGGCUCCGGGAGACGUUSGACAUCGAAUUCGGAGACCGAUUAUUAAUUCCGCGGGGGAGCACCUGCUCGCCAUCGUCGCGCCGUGCCGUCGAAAGUCAUGGCCGCGCGCGUUUCUUUGUCGUCCGCCUGUAGUCGUCAUCGCGUCGAAUCGUCACCGCCGUCGCCGAAAGAGGACCCACUACCGCUCAGAGCGCCGUGCGCCGCCGCCAACGCCGCCGUUGCGGUCCCGCUGCUGCUGGACGUGGUCGUCCGUUGCCUGUAGUCGACAAAAGACGAAUAAAAAUUGAUAAAAUUCAGAAACCAAUUAAUUUAAAGAAUCCUAAACACUUAAAUAAGUCAGUGAUUUCAUUUUUCAUUCUUAGAAAAAAAAAUAUUGCUUCUGUGUAUUGCGUUAUAAAGAAGGAAAAAUGAAUAAUAAAGAUUAUACAAACUUUUUUGGCACAAUGGAAACUAAACGUGUGUUGAAAGCUGAUUAUCCUACAGAAAGCUCAUCAUUAGGAGUACCUAUACCAAUAAGGAAGAAUGGAGAUCUUAAUUCAUUACAAGAUUAUGGAUUUGAAUUGUUUGAUACAACUAAUGAUCUUAUUCAAGAUCCUAUGGUAGUCAAUAAUGCAGAUCAAAAUUUUUUCACAAAUAAUGAUCAUGGGUGGAUAGGAAGAUCUGAUGACAUGUCUUUCAUCAAAAUGGAUGAAGACAUUUUUCAGGUGGAUCAAUCCGAUUUGCUUCACGGACCCACAUUAGCUGAAUUAAAUGCCAAUGGUGGUGAAUCUUUAUUAGAAGACCUCAAUUUUGAUGAUCUAUUAUUGCCACCUGAUUCAGUAAAAUCUGAAGUACCUGAUGCAGUCCCAUUAAUGAGUUCAUACUUAAUAGAUCAUGUCGUGAAUACUAGCCCUGUUAACCGACCAAGUUCUUCAAAGUCUGGCUUUCAACUUUCACCAAACAGUUGCAGUUCACAUUCAUCACUUUCUCCAGGUCCAACAAAUUCAAUAACUCUACAAGAACUGUUGAAGAAGGAAACAAAAUCACAGAAGUGUUUAUCUCCUCCUAUAUUUGGAACUAGUGUUCCGGGAUCAGGAUUUAUGUUGGCUAGCAGAUCAAGAGGAAAUCUUUCGUCAUCAGCUCCUACACAUCUUGGACUUGAACAAAUAUGGCAGCGUAGAGAACCACGACAGCAUUUAUUAUCCACUGGAUCAUUAGUAGAAGCAGGAUCUACUUCUUCACUUUCAACUGGAGGUGUUUUGAGUCCGGAAGCUUAUGAUUUUUCUUUGGAUGAAGCUAUUGAUGAUUCUGAUGAUGAUACAGAACAAGAAGAAGACUAUUCAUCUGAUAAUGAUUCAGGAGACAGUGAUUGUGGUGGAACAUCUGCUAAAUCAUCUUCACAUAAGGAUCGAUUUUUUUGGCAGUACAAUGUUCAGUCUAAGGGUCCUAAAGGACAAAGAUUAGUUUUAAAAUGUAAACUAGAGGAUCCACAUUGUUUAAAUGAGGUUACUGAUCCAGUAUUUAGUCCAAAUUGCUCAAUACAAGGGAUUAAACAUAGGUAA